CUCUCGGGAGUUUUUGUGGUGCAAAGGGUUGGAGAUGAAGGUUUGUUUGCUACAAUUUUUUAUGGUUAGCUGCAAUGUAGAUGGUCAGCUUGCAGAUUUAGUUUGGUUCUGCUUCAGGUUUGGGUGCUGAGUAGUGGGCUACCUGUUGGGGUGUGCAAUCUGCUUAUUCUGGUGUAUGCUGUUAGAUUGCUCUCAUCCUGUGUAUAUUGUUUCUGUUUCUCUUUGGUUUUUCCUUUGUGUUGGAUUCUCUCCAACUGGUGCUCCGAGCUUAAUGUAGCUCCGAGUUCCUCUUUAUUGGUGUACUUGUUUUAUGAUUUCAUCAAUAAAGUUUUCUUCUUGCUGAUCAAAAAAUG